AUUUUUAAGGACCAGUUUUUCAAAAUCGGGGUUAUUUUUAUCCGGUUUUAAAUUAAUAUUGUCAGCACAUCUAUACAUUAAUAAUAUAUAGAUAUACCAGUAAUAAUAAUUUAAAUCUUGAUCAAAAAUGAACCCGGUGUGAAAAACUGGGCCUAAUUAUUUCUUAAAAUAAAUAUGAUAAACUAAUUAAAGAGAGGAACGUACAUUCAUCAGCAAAGUUAGAGUUAGAACUAAAACUAACAAGAUGGCCGACGACACUUUUAACUUGGCGUCCCCGCUAGGAGGCGCGGAUGUUUCGAAAACCAAUUCAACCUUAUCUUCGAUCGAUAAAAAAUGUUUCUUCAUUUUCUACCAAAAAAAGGUUAUUUCCACGUUCCAACACACACUAAUGUCCGUGGAAAAAUUCCGUUCAAGAGCUAUUCUAACUUUCUUUAGUUGUUUAUUUAAAAUAUAUUUAUUUAACGAUUGAAAGUGUCUUUGCAAUAAACGUCCAUAAUCUUGACACUGCGUUAUUUUAUUUUAAGUAAAUAACGCGUGCACGUCUGAUUUAAUUACUAACAUGUGUAUAUACAUUAUCAUUUAGACAUUAUAUUAUAUAUAUGACAUACAUAUAAAUAUAUAUAUGUACAACAUAAAUUUAAUAUUCGCAAUCGAGGCUAGCUGACCAAGUGUGUUUAUAAAAAGUUAUUUUUUAAGUUCGUAAUGGCUGGAUUUACCGAAAGUGCGUUAGUUAAAAAAUUGUUGGAUCUUAAUCCAUCCCAACAGAGUAUUCAGACAUUGUCAUUGUGGUUAAUUCAUCAUAGAAAACAUCAUGGUACUAUUGUUAAAGUUUGGUACAGAGAAAUGUGCAAAGCCAGAGAUAAUAGGAAGUUGAUGUUCAUGUAUUUGGCAAAUGAUGUAAUACAAAAUAGCAAGAAAAAAGGUCCGGAGUUUGGUAAAGAGUAUGGUAAUUUCUUACCAAAAGCUUUUGAACAUAUGAAAGGUUUUGAUGAAAAAACGAGGGAACGAUUGAAUAGAUUGUUACAAAUUUGGGAGGAACGUGGCGUUUAUGAUAAAUCACAAAUUUUGGAAUUUAAAACGGCAUUAGAUUCUGUUAAUGAACCUAUCAAGGAACCUGGUACUCCUCCUCCAAGAAAAAAACCUAAACUUGAUGAUAAAAGUAAAGUGAAGACGUCAACACCCAAAAUAGAGAAGAAGGAAAAGAAAGAAAAAAAAGAAAAAAAGGAACGUAAAAAAUCGGAGACUGAAGUUGAAGUUGAUGGUACCAAAGAAUUACAUGUGACUUUGAGCCCCAGAACACCUGCUGGUGAUCCACCAGAAACUGAGGAACUUAUUAAAGCUUUAAUGGAUUUAGAAAACACGGCAUCAUCAGACGCAAAUGUGAGAGAAAGAAUAGCGUCACUACCUCCAGAAGUAUCAGAAGUAUCUUUGCUUGCUAAUUUAGCAGAUCGUUCAGCCGCUGACCAGCUGAGUAUUGCAGUUAAUGAGGCUGCUACAUUGCUUGCUGAUUACAACGGACGCUUGCAAGCUGAAAUGGAGGAUCGUAGAAGACUAUUGACAAUGCUCAGGGAUUAUACUUUAGCACAAAGACAAUUGUUACAACAAGCACAAACUACUCUUGACGAUUAUAAAGAAAAGUUGAAAAAAAUAUGUGCAGUACGUGCUGAAGUUAAAUCACACAUUUCAAAUUUACCAGAUUUAACACAAUUACCAGAUGUUACUGGUGGCUUAGCACCGUUACCAUCAGCUGGAGAUCUUUUUUCACUUCACUAGUAUACGCCUUUAUUAAUUAUAUUAUUUUUACAAUUAAUUAGUUAAUUACUGAUAUUAAAGUCGAAGAAAUUAUAAAAUAUAUAUAAAUAUAUUUACGAAAAUUGAAAUCAUUGAGCGAAAUUUAUUUUUAAAAUCAAGACUCAGUAUCAGUUAAUCAGUUAAUUAAUUUUUACUAUAUUUUCAUUAAUAGAGACCAUAAGCUUCCUCAUGACGCUGUGAUUUUUUGUUUUUCAAAAUAAAUUGAAAGACAAAAAAUAACGUUUAAUUGAACAAAAACAAUUAAUAAAAUUGACAAAUAAAUGAUAAUUAGAGUCGUAUCAAAGGGAGCUUCCUAAAGUUCAUAAUUAUUAUUAAAUCAAGAUUUAAAUAAAUAAUUUAAUGCUGAGAAUGAAAGGAAAAAAUGUAUUUUUAAUGACUGCGAAUGCUUUUUAAUAAUCAUUACAUUAUUAUUAUCAUUAUUAUUACUAUUAUUAUUAUAAAUAUUAUUUUAAUAAAUCAAUGAAUUAUUAAUGCACACGUAACGAUGUAAAGAUAUUUUUACUCGUCAUGAGGUAAUUAAAUUAAAAUAAAUUUAUUU